GCUGGGUCGGCUCCGUUGGGCGGGGGGGGACGACGACGACGGGUGUCGUGCCCCGGCGGGACGGGACGCGCCGGGAAGGAUGGGCUGAGCCGGGCGGAGCGGAGCGGGGCAAUGCGCGGGGUCCCGCCGGUGGCCGGGGCGUGCGGGCACCGCUGGCCCUAAGGGCAGCUCGGCUGCAGCCGCUGCCAUGAGCCGCGGCCCCCCGAGCCCGUCCUCCCCACCCCGGGGGGGGAGCCCCGUCCGGCAGCCCCUCGGCGCCGGGCGGGGGGGCUUGGACCUGCUGCGCUGCCCCUCCUGCCUCCUCCUCCUCUGGGAGCCGGUGACCGUGUCGUGCGGUCACUCUUUCUGCAAGCCGUGCCUGGGCGGGGCCGUGCCCUCCCGCUGCCCCCUGUGCCAGGAGAGGCUGAAGCUGCUGGGCGUCGGGGCGGCGAGGUGCAACGUGGUGCUCUGCGGCCUCCUGGAGAAAUGCGUGGAGCGGGAGAGCCGGCUGGCCUGGCUGGUGGCCCGCGUCCGGGACCAUCUCACCCGUGGGGACACACGGGAGGCACUGAGGAUGGCCCAGAAAGGGGUCGAGCUGGCCCCGGACGCCAGCUCCCUGCGGCUGUGCCGGGCAGAGGUGUUGGUGGCGCUGGGGCAGCACUCGCGGGCGCUGGAGGACUUGGACGCUGCGUGCAGGGCUGAGCCUGGAGAGCACAAGGGCUUCUUCAGGAAAGGCAAGGUGCUUCUGGAGCUGGGACAGAGAGCCGAAGCCCUGCUGGCGUGGGAGCACUGCCUGACGCUCAGUCCCCAUUUCCAUCCUGCUCGGAGAGAGAUGGAGAAGAUCCUCAUGCGAGAGGAAGCUCCUCGGCCACGCACGGCUGCUGUACGCCAGGGCGAUGCUCACCGGGGCUCGACUGGUGCCCAGGUGGAUGGAGGGAGCCCUGCGCUCCCAUCCUCCUCCCCAGGAGCUCAGGAUCAGGAGGGAGAGCCAGCAGAUGGCAGAGGGGACACUGGGCCUGAGCAUGGCCGGGGAACAACCACCCUUUCCCAGCUGGGGCGACGGCAGGAACCGGAGACUUCGUCAGAGAGGCAGGACUGGCAGUUGGUAGAUAAUGAAGAGGACACAGCAGCAGCAAAGUGCACCCAGCCAAGCCUGGAGGAGCUGCUGAGCGUGUCUGACUUGGAGUGCUCCCUCUGCAUACGGAUGUUCUUCGAGCCAGUGACGACGCCGUGCGGGCACACCUUCUGCAAGGAGUGCCUCGAACGCUGCCUGGACCACCGGCCCAACUGCCCCCUCUGCAAGCAGAGCCUGAGAGAGUACCUGAAGGCUGGAAGCUACAGCCCCACCGUGCUGCUGCAGGACAUCAUGCUGGCCACCUUCCCCGCACAGCUGGCCGAGCGCCGGGAGCUGCACCGGGCUGAGAUGGCAGAGCUCUCCAACCUGACCAAGAACAUCCCCAUCUUCGUUUGCACGAUGUCCUUCCCAGGCAUUCCCUGCCCUCUGCACGUCUUUGAGCCUCGCUACCGCCUCAUGAUCCGGCGGUGCCAGGAGACGGGCACGAGGAGGUUCGGCAUGUGUAUAUAUGAGAAUGGGAAAAGUUUUGCUGACUAUGGCUGCAUGCUGGAGAUUCGGCAGAUUGAGCUGCUGGCGGACGGGAGGUCCUUGGUGGACACCAUUGGCAGGCGGCGGUUCCGGGUGCUGAGCCGGGGACACAGGGAUGGCUACAACACUGCCGACAUCGAGUACCUGGAGGACAGGAAGGUGGCCGGGGAGGAGCUGCAGGAGCUGCAGUGCCUGCACGAAAACACCUACCGCUUGGCUCAGCGCUUCUGUGAGCACGGCGACCUUGCCUCCAGGCACAUUUCGAUGCAGCAUGGACCGCUGCCGGAGAAGGAAGAGGACAUCCAGGCUUCAGCAGAUGGUCCGAUGUGGUGCUGGUGGCUCAUCUCCAUCCUGCCUCUUGACCCGUCCUACCAGCUGAACCUCUUCUCCACCACCUCCCUGCGUGCCCGCCUCACCCAGCUGCAGCGCAUCCUCGCUGCCCUGCUGCAGCAGCCCCCCGCCGGCCACCCGCUGCCCGAGCGCAGCCCCCGGGGCCGCGUCUGAGCCCCCCCGGCCUCUCCACAGGGGGAGACCCCCACCCCCUUGGGUUUCUCUACGUGUUGCUUCAUGGGUUUGCGUGUGGUUUGAGCCCCCCUCUCCCCCAAAAGUGACCUCAGUGAUGAGCUGGGCACCCUCUGCCUGGCUCGGUGGGGCUGGUACCGCACCAGCAGUGACACUACACACACUACACCGUCCACGCCACCUCUGGGAGCUGCUCGGUGACAUGGCCGUGCCAUGCCAUGCCACCACAGAGGGGACCGGGAUGGAAAACUGGGUUGUGUCUCAGGAACCAAAGUUACUUGCUGAGCUGCUUCAGUGCUGAGGAGGAUUCUCCUUAGGGCAGAGGGCCGAGAGCCUUGGUUUUGGCUUUUCCACUUUGAAGGACAAACUAGGGGAUUUUGGUACAUGGUCCUGCUCCAUGCAGCAGAUUUAGAGGCUUGGGAGAGGUGGCACCAGGAGGCAGAGAGGUCCUGAUGGCUUAUCCCAGCCUUGGGAGCUGAUGGCUCUGCCUCCUCUUACGACUUUGACUUAAUUUCUAUUCAAACAAGAAGAAAAGUUAAAUUAAACAAUCUGAAACUCAUGGUCCUGCUCCUAACCACCUCCGUGACCACACGACGAGGAGAUGCUUCUCUCCCAAUGUGCCCGGGUCUGGCCGUCCCCUUCCCACCGCUCUGCUCGGUUCUCUGCCAUGUUUGCUGUGCCGAGCUCAUCGGCCACUUCCCUGGGCUGGAGCCGGGCUGGAGGCUGCCAGACGCUUCCCAGCUGCCGGAUCCACUGCCCUCAAGUGCCGUGGGAAGUGGGGAGGGAUUUGGCAUCGUUGGUGUUUUUCCCCCUACCCAAAGGCUGCUGUUCCUGAGCCUGGCUGGGUUCAGGUUGCAGGGUCGGACCUGGGGGCUGGAAGGAGCCGAUGGCACGAGGAAAGUGGUUUUGUGAGACUUUCUGCUCCUUGGCUAGUGCAAUUUUCCUGUGUUCAGUGGUUUUUUGUGAACUUUCUGCCUCCUCAGGAUAAAAGCAGGAUCUAAGCUGAGGCCAGAUCCUUGCCCUUGGAACCCAGAACAGUUCAGGAUCCCCCAAAAGAGCACAGAGUAAAGUCAGAGGGAGCUGAGCCUCUGGAGAGGCGGGGAGGGGGUAGGACCGGUGACCGAGGCUGUGAGCCCCCUGUCAGGGGAGCAAGUGCCUGUCUGCAAGUGCCUGGCUGCUGCUGGUCUCUAAACACGGGGAAAAGACUGUCCCCCCUGGACAAACCAGACUUUCCUCCAUGGAAAUCCUGAAGGUUUGGGAUUUUUGGCUCACAUCAACCCAGGGUUGAGUUUUGGGAGUGACGUCCAUUUAGUCGGUGGGUUAACAUUGCUUCCAGAGUUUUGUUCCUGCUUUUCUCAAAGGCUUCGCAUCCCAUCUGGGGGGUCGGUGGGCUGUGUGUGGGGGAGAAAAUCAGGCUGGGGCUGAUUUUCUGCAUGGGUUGCUGGGCUGAUCCUGGGGCAGGAGGCUCCGGACACAGCUUCCAAGAGGUCCCUGCCCAGAGCCACCGCCUUUCCCUGUCCUGCUCUCUCCAGGAGUGAGAGAUCUCAGUCCCUCCUCUCCAGCAAAGUGCCUCCCUGGAGCGACAGUCAGAGGGAGGGGAGGGCUUGCUCCCCAGGGACCGGAGUGAGCGCAGGGCAGCUGAGGACAACUCAAAGCUGGAUUUGCUCCUUGGAGCAAAGCUCCCUCCUAGAAAGCCUUGUCGUCCCCCAGGGGGCUAUAUCCCCGGAAUGUCGGAUCGGGGUGGGCAGGGGUAGGUGAUGGAGGGACACCUCGCAGGCGCGUGCAGGUGGAGUGAUGCCAGUGAAGUCUGGGAAGUGCCUUUCUUUUCUGCAGGGUCAAUAUGAGCUCACCCAGUGACCCCUCCACCCCGAGCCCCUCACCUACCCCCCGAGCUGCCUGUUCCUCGGGUGUGGGAGCUCCCUGGGCCACCGUGGGUCCCUCCAGCAAGGGGGAGGCAUGGGGGGACGCAGGGGAGAAGCGUGUGUCCACACUGUGUCCACGCUGGGGGAGAGCCAGGGACCAGAGACACAUCUGCCUGGCUGCUUUGGGAAGGGACUCGUGCAAAUCCCUCCGGUUUGCUCGGAGCGCCUUUGGGGUUUGUAUUACUAUGUUUGCUGUUUGAAUUAAAUUGUCUUCCUGGUCAUUGAAAUAAAGA